AUGAAAGGCGCGUCGCCGUCCAGCGCGCCAGCAGGCGCAGGCGCGCUCUUUCGCGGAGUCGCCAGGUUCAGCAGCGCAAGGCGGCCGGCGGUCGAUCGAGGCCAGGGCACCAUGGCUCGUGCCGAAGGGAACGGAGCAUCUGAGGGUCGGCAGCCUUGGGAUGUGUCUCGCUUUGCAAGGACGGUCAUGUUCUUCAAUGAGACUUCCCCAAGCAAAAUCCUUGCAGGAAUCCUGGAGCAGCCAUUCAAACUCAUUCGCAGCUUCAUGGGACCCCAAGACUUGGAGGAGAGCAAGACAAGUGUCCUUCGUGUUUUGGCACCUUCUGUCCUCGAUGGUCCCGAUCUGACCUUGGCUGGAAGCAAGCCGCCCAUUGAUGGCAUCAUCCUUGUGACAGGAGCCACGGGAGGUGUGGGGUCACGGGUGGUGGCUGAUCUUCUGAAGAGGGGAGCAACAGUGAGAGCUCUUGUCAGGGAUAUGGAAAAGGCAAAGAAAAUUCUGGGAGGUUUGCCGUGUGCAAAAGGAGGUUCCUUGGAUGUUGCUCUUGGGGACAUCACACAGAAGCAAACGCUGCUGCCAGAUACCUUCAAAGGGGUUCGGGCCGUCAUCAUCUGCUCCAGCACAGUGGUCGCGCCAGUGGAGGGCGACACUGCGGACAGAAAGAAGUACAGAGUGGGCAUCAAAUUCUACGACCCUGAAAUUGUUGGCGACACCCCUGAGAGUGUCGAGUACGUUGGGGUCAGGAACAUCGUUGAGAGCUGCAAAGACAGAGUUGGCUUGGAGGCAGGUGCAGCGUUGCUGGACCCUUCAACAGGCACACUGACACCUGAGUGGGGCUCGUUGGAUGAUGUCGUCAUGGGGGGAUGCAGCGAGAGCAAGAUCGAACUGAUGAAGGGUGCGGGAGAAGAUGGAGGCAUGGCGGCUGUGUUCAGCGGAAAUGUCACCUCGGCCAACAAUGGGGGAUUUGCUUCUGUUCGGAGCAAGAACUUCGCCCCCGCAGUAGACCUUGGUGCAUAUGAGGGCCUUCAGCUUCGACUCAAGGGCGACGGACAGAGAUACAAACUGACCCUCAGACAGGACACAUACUGGGAUAGCCUCUCUUUUGUCAGGAGUUUUGACACGACUGAUGGCGAGUGGCAGACCAUCAAGCUGCCGUUCUCAGAGUUCAGGCCCGUGUUCCGCGCGAAGACCAUGGACAACGGCACCAAGUUGGACAAGUCGUCGAUCACUUCGGUGCAGAUCAUGCUUUCUAAAUUUGAGUAUGAUGGCGGGCUGAACCCAAACAUCCGCAUGGGAAAGUUCUGCUUGCCUGUGGCCUACAUCAAGACCUACCUCAGCCAACCAGUGACGCCUCGCAUUGUGCUGCUGGGCAGUGCUGGUGUGACGCGGGUGGACCGGCCGGGCAUCGACAAGGAGCAGGAGCCCCCGGCAGUUAAACUCAACGAGGCUCUGGGCGGCAUUCUCACCUUCAAGCUGAAGGGCGAGGACGUGGUGAGGGGCAGCGGCGCGCCCUACACGAUCGUUCGGCCCUGCGCCCUGACAGAGGAGCCCAGAGGGGCGCCGCUGGAGCUGGACCAAGGGGAUGUGAUCAAAGGAAAGGUCAGUCGCCAGGAUGUGGCGGAGCUGCUCGUCGAGGCGCUGAGCCAGCCUUCCGUCCUUGACACCGCCUUCGAGGUGAAGUGCACCUUGCCGUUUUCUCAGCCGUACGAGCCAGAGGCGGGCGCUGAGGGGGCACCGCGCGACUGGGCUGCCCUCUUGGAGGGCGCCAACCUUCGGAGGGGCGUCACUGGCAAGACCAUCGAUGGUGUCUACACGGGGCGAGUGCCCGAGGAAGAGGCAACGGCAUCGAAAGGCGCGGAAAAGAUCUCCCAGUAG